AUCUAUACCUCUUCUGUCCAAGUAGCUCGUCUCCAUUAACACUUGUAACCGACUCACCCCACGCCGCUCAACCACCUCUCCUCCUCCUGCAAAACUUUUCAUUUCUUCUCCUAAAACCCACUCUGAUUUCGAAACUCUAAUUCGAGUACUCUUUGUUUAUGUGAGAGAAAAUGUCCGAAGGUCUGGACAUGUCUCUCGAUGAUAUCAUCAGGAAAAACAAGGAAUCUGGAAGAUUCGAAGGUAGAAGCAGGGGCAGAGGUCGCGGCCGUGGUUUUGGUUCCGGACCUGGUCCAGUUCGUCAGUUCUCCAAUCGCGCUCCGACCAGAACGACGCUGUAUUUGGCUCCACAGCCUCCGCCGGCAGUUCAAGUGCAAGAGAUAUUGAUGAGUGGAGGGACGAUCUCUGAGACUGGGACAAAGUUAUAUAUCUCUAACUUGGAUUAUGGGGUUUCUAAUGAGGAUAUUAAGGUGCUGUUCUCUCUGGUUGGUGACCUGAAACGGUAUUCCAUCCAUUAUGAUAGGAGUGGAAGAUCCAAGGGAACCGCGGAAGUUGUUUUUGCUCGUCAGUCAGAUGCUUUAGAUGCUAUCAAGAGAUACAAUAAUGUGCAGCUCGAUGGACAACCAAUGCAAAUUGAGUUGGUAGGAUUGAAUCUUGUUACACCUGCUGCUAUGCCUCCUAACACUAUUGGCAUUUUAGGAAACCCAAGUGGCGAGUUUAGAAGUCGACGAGUUGCAGGUGGGGGUUGGGAUCGUGGUGGUGGUCGUCGUGGAUUUGGGAGGGGUCGUGGACAAGGGAGAGGCCAUGGAGAGAAGACAUCAGCUGCAGUUCUUGAUGCUGAUCUGGAGAAGUAUCAUUUAGAAGCUAUGCAAAGUCACUAACUCUCGCUAUUUUUUAUAGUUUCCCCCGUGUUUCCCCCGACAUUAGCGUGCUUGGUACAAAAUCCUAUUUUGUUCUAGAUAGAAGUAACUAGUUGGUACUGGUUGAUCCCUACACGGCAACGGUAUGUUGAACUUAUGGAGCAUAGUUCAAUUUUUGUUGCUCUGCUUAUUUUGAUAUUAGGUACUUAGAUAGGUGGCUCCUGUGUUUGUCAGCUACCCUGAGAUUGCUGGGUUCUUGUCUCAAAAAGAAGAUGAUCUGGCUUUAUAUAGCUUGUUCACUUGUAUAGUUGGUUUGUUACCAUCAUUUAUCAUGUCUUUCUGAUACAAAGGUAAAGGAAGAAAAUGAAAACUGAG